UUGAGUAUUGAUACCAAGAUGCAGGUGCAGUGAGAGAAGGAUAAUCUGGCAUUGCAAAAUUGCCUUGAUAAACAGAGCUGAUAGGCCUAUAGGCUUUCAGAACUAUGGUAUACCUCCAGGAGAACCUGGGAAUCAACUGAUCACUUUCCUGGAGCCUUUCAUUGCAAGCCUCUGAAAUCUGUGUGAACCAGAUAUCACCACAGAUUGGAUUGAAGUUGGCAUUGAUGAAAAAAUUGUUAUUGAUAAGAGUUGGUUAUCAAAGUUUUAGCCUGCAAUGGUUGUUAAAUCUUAUAAAAUAUCAUCAAAAGAUGGUGAUGGAAUAUGCAUUACGUCAUUAGGAAUAUGAUGCAUUGAUUAGUGAUAGUGCAUAGUGCAAAGUCCCAAGCAUGGUUGGAAAUAGGGCACUUGUGCGGAGGAUGAGUAGAGAGACGUACAUGGUGCGUAUAUACACUGGCCCACUCAGCCAGGAACACGAGUUUGUCUCCGUGGAGGCUGAGAAAGUCACGACUGCUGAUGAUAUUUUGAAGACUGCGUGCGUCAAGAUGCUGCUGCACAGCGUUAUGGAUUUCGAACUGGCGGAGGUGUUCAGUACAGGAGGUCAACUAUGCAAGGAACGGAGGCUCGAGGAUGGCGAAAACCCAGUAAGGAUACAACUGCUUUGGCCAAAGAUUGUUAAUGCAGAUCACGACAGACUUAGUGGUGGGGGCUACACUGGCUACAGAUUCUACAUUCGGAAGAAAACCCUGGAAAAUCCACACAGGACUUCCGGCUGGGUGGAAUACAAUGAGCCCAACCCUGUGAACAACUUCUUGACAGCAUUUCUUAAGCCCCCAAUCAGCAAUAAGGAGUAUUCCGAUCUGUGCAACCUGCCAGACUUAAAUGAAAGAACCCUGUUAGAUAAUAUAAAAUCUAGGUUUUCGAAUUCAAACAUUUAUACGUAUGUUGGCUCAAUUCUUAUAGCAGUAAACCCGUUUAAGUUUUUUCCAAUAUAUAAUCCAAAGUAUGUUAAACUUUAUCAGAGUAAGCGACUCGGGGAGAUGCCCCCACAUAUAUUCGCGAUUGCAGAUGCUGCAUUUUAUACGAUGCUACGGAACAAAAGUAAUCAGUGUAUUGUGAUAUCGGGUGAGUCUGGAAGUGGGAAAACAGAGAGCACCAACCUCUUGCUGCAUCAUCUGACAGCCCUUAGUCACAAGGGGCUUCACGGGAGCGGAGUUGAGCAGACCAUACUAGGGGCUGGCCCUGUCUUAGAGGCAUUUGGCAAUGCAAAGACAGUACACAACAACAACUCCAGUCGGUUUGGAAAGUUUAUCCAGGUCAACUACAAGGAGAAUGGCAUGGUCCAUGGGGCUAUAGUUGAGAAAUACCUGCUGGAGAAGUCCAGAAUUGUUUCCCAGGCUGCCAACGAAAGGAACUACCAUGUGUUCUACUACCUACUGGAAGGGGCUGAUGAGCUUGAGAGAGACAAACUGCACCUGGGCAAACCUGAGGACUAUGCCUACCUCAGACAGCUAGACACAACUGAUAAGGGUAACGAGGAAGGGCUAGAGGAAGAUGAGAAGACAGAGUUUGAGCGCCUCAAACACUCCAUGGAGCUGGUUGGGUUUUCACAACUCACACAGAAAAGGAUCUUUGGUGUUCUGUCUGCUGUUUUGCAUCUGGGAAAUGUCACAUUUAAAAAGAAAGGAGACCAGCACCAUGAUGAGUCAGUGAUCAUAACCAACCCAGACACCAUAGCCGUGGUUUCACGUCUGCUCAUGGUGAAGGAGAAAACACUUGUGGAGGCCCUCACCCAGAAGAAGACGGUUGCCGGCGACGAAACCGUGGUGAUGACCCACAGGAUGGACAAUGCGGUGGCCAUUAGAGAUGCCAUGGCCAAGUGUCUGUAUGGGGCGUUGUUUGACUGGAUAGUCCUGAAGGUGAACCAAGCCUUGCUUGCAAAACGGCACAACAGUGAACACCAGGAGGAUGAUAUAUCGAUGUCUUUUGAGAGGAAUGACUUAGUUCGACAUACGGGUAACUCAAUUGGUGUGUUAGACAUCUUUGGCUUUGAAGACUUCCGCUGGAACAGCUUUGAGCAAUUCUGUAUUAACUACGCCAAUGAGCAUCUUCAGUAUUACUUCAACCAACAUAUCUUCAAGUUUGAACAGGAGGAGUACAAGAAGGAAGGUAUCCAGUGGAAGAAUAUUGAGUUCAUAGACAACACAGACUGUCUGGCGCUAUUCUCAAAAAAGGGCAAUGGACUGUUUGCACUCAUUGAUGAAGAAUGCACAUUUCCUGGAGCAAGUAAUGACACCCUCCUGAGCAAGUUCCAUCACCACCAUGCCAAGGGUAAUGUGUACUAUGAGGCACCACAGAAGAAGGAACUCGCAUUCACUGUCGUACACUAUGCUGGCAAGGUGAAAUACCAGAUCAAGGAUUUCAGGGAGAAGAACAGUGAUCAAAUAAGGACAGACAUAGUUGCCAAUCUAAAAAGCAGCAGUCUUGCGUUUGUGCGGGAACUCAUGGGUGUGGAUCCAGUGGCAGUUUUGAGAUGGACAAUUAUCAAAACCCUCAUCAAGAGCGUGUUUGCAUUUGUAAAAGCAGGCAAAACAUACCGCAAGCGUGGAGGUCCCGAUGAAGCAAUGCUUCAAAAAAGAUCACAUGCCAAGGGAGACUACCUUGACAAUCCAGAUCUUGAAUCUAGUCAUGUUCUGAGCUCCACUCACCUCUCUCCCUCGCGACCUGCUCAUCACAAAUCCCCACAGCACACCCCCUUGCAUGAUGCACGACACGGGGGCUAUGCAGGGGAUUCGUUCUGUUAUGACAACACGGAUGAGGGGGCAGCGUUUUUGGGGCCCAAGCGCCACUCUGGGCCCCUCAGGAGUCCAGUUGACCCAUAUCUCUCCGAGGAUGAGGUCAAGGUCAUGAGGAGAGCAAACCGUGUGAUGAUGAAGAGCAAGUCAUUCAAGCCCAAGUCAAGACCUCAAACUAUGUUCUCAGACAUCAAGACUCUGAAAGCAAUCGCUCAGCGGACCAUGUACAUCGGGGGCAAGGGUAACAACAAGCAGAAACCUCCUAGUGUAGGACAGCAGUUCCAGUGGUCACUGUCCCGGUUGAUGUAUGCCCUGAAUCAGGCCAACCCGUUCUUCAUUCGGUGUAUUAAGUCAAAUGCAGAGAAAUUGCCCUGCCGGUUUGAUGACGUGCUGGUCUUACGACAGCUGAGAUACACCGGCAUGCUGGCCACAGUGCGGAUACGACAGUCUGGCUACAACUAUCGACUUACAUUUGAGGAGUUUGUGCAGAUGUACAAGAUCAUACUGCCAAAUGGUUUGCGAAGUAACCAGAGGGAUGUGGCUACUUUUCUGGACAACAUGAACAUGAACAAAGACAACUACCAGAUCGGUAUAACCAAGGUGUUCUUGCGGGAGACAGAAAAGCUGUACAUAGAUGAGUGCCUGCACCGGGCCAUCAUGAAGAGAGUGGUCUUCCUGCAGAGGUGGGCCAAGGCACGCUGGGAACGCAAGAACUACCUGCAGAUGAGAGCAAGUGCCAUCACUUUACAGAAACAUAUGCGCACAUACCUUGCAAGGCGCUAUGUGGAGAACGUGCGAGAGGCUGCGGUUUGCAUUCAGAAGUAUUACAGGGGCCGUGUGGUACGCAGGCAAUUCAUAGAGACAAGGGUUAGUGCCAUCAAGAUACAGGCCCACGUGAAGGGACAUCUCUGCAGGAAGAGAGCAAUUAGAAGAAGGUAUCGUGAGCUGGAGGAGGAGUUACGUCGUCAGAGGGCGGAGACUGAGGCAGGCAAGCUAACGGAGGACAUGCACUCCUCCGCCAGCGACGAGGGGGUACUGGUCAAGGACAGCAGUGCAGACGAGCUUGAACAGACCAGCUUCUACAUUCGCAGCUAUUCUGAAGAGAGUAGUGGUAUUCAUGAUGAUUCUGAGUCUGAGACCGUGUCAGAGGCUCAAAGUCCCGAGGAAGUAAGCAGCUCCCCACCAUCCACACCAACCAGCCAGCGGGACAUGGACAGCAGGGAGGAGUACUUGGCGCAGACAGGGCAAGGGUCAAGAGUGCAGAAUCUCACAAAACAAUUCCAGUCCCCUGUCAAUGACAUCCUCGACGGGCGUUCUCCAAACAUCAUCUACGUACCGAGGGGUUCCCACGCGAGAAAAACGCCACCUAAAAUGUCCCCCGCCCCAUUGGCCAAGCAGGAGUCAUUUUCCGACCUGGACGUGGAUGGUAGAAUGUUAAGAGACUCCCCAACUACAAGUGGGCCCUCCCCCUUGUCUCCAGACAAGUACAAGAACAUCGAGGAUGCUCUCAGAAAGCGUGCUCAUACCGUCUCUACAGAGGAUGUCACACAACGCAGCCCAUUUACGCGGGCUUUGAAAGGAGCAAAGCAACACCUUGUUGUUCCGCAGGAAUCUUUCCGGGUACGGGAAACAAAGAGUUUCCCCAGUGGAGCCUCAGGUUCGCCUACGCUAAAACGCAAGAUGUCUUUCUCAGCAACAUUGUUACGGAAAACUAAAUCCUCUAUAAAGUUAUGGAGAGAGUCUAAAACUCACAGUAACCGUAAGAAGAAGGACUCCACGGCCGAUGACAGUGAGGAGGAACAUGACCAUGACAUCGCGGCAACGCUUCCUAGACAGUCACAUCCCUCUAGACUCGGUGUAUCAGUCCUGCCCCACCCGUCACAUCCUCUGUCGGCAAAGACGCCUCAGCAGGAGAUCUCUCGAUCUACAGAAGAUCUUGGGGUGGAGAAAUCUAAACCAAUCCAGAAGAAGCGGCAGACGAGAAAGGGCGACAAGGAUAAGGAGAAUCAGCCCGUGAAGAUCGGCAACAAGUCCCGGUGGGAGUACCCUGCAGAGUUUGUCAUCAAGGAGUUGUGGGAACUGAAGGAGUUUGACAAGUUCAUUAGAGCCAAGGUCAAUGAGCUCCAGAAGUCGUCGGCGAAGGAGUCCCAGUUUGAUAUAGUGUUCAUGAAGUGCCUCAACUCAUUCCACAAUGACCUCAUGGGUCAUCUCGCCGUCUACUCACAAGAUGGUAUGCCGCCAAAUUUCAAGUAUCGUGACAUGUUUGUGAACUUUGAGAACACUAUGGAAUCAAUCUGUAAGGUUGAGAAUGUGUCUCAGGACUUUCCAGUGACAAUUUGUAUCAAUGCAUUCCGUGGAUAUUUAGACGAGUUUAGAAAUAGUGCCAGUACUCGGAAAAAAGAAGCAAAGAGUAAAAAGAAGCAAGGUAGACCAAAACGGGAAAAAGUGAAAAAAGAUGUGAUAGAACACCAGGGUCAUAAGAUGACGCAGGUGCAAUUUGGAAUCCCGACCUAUUGCGAGUUGUGUUCAAGCAUCAUCUGGAUCAUGGAAAAGGGUUAUGUGUGCCAAGUGUGUAAAUAUACCUGCCAUAGGAAAUGUCUUCCCACGACAACAGCCUUGUGCAGGGGUACCCAGGACUCUGACCAGCGUAUCGUAGGUACAAAGGUGUUUUGCGUGCCAUUGCAAAGCCUGGUCACAGCGGAAGAAAAGAUCCCUGCUUUUCUCGACCUCCUCAUCCGGCUCAUAGAGACGCAUGGCAUACACACAGAGGGUAUCUACAGGAAGUCUGGGGCGGCGGCCAAGAUCAAGACUCUGAAAAUGGCUCUAGACUCUGGAGCAAUAGAUAUUAAUGUGGAUGAAUUCCCUGUGCAUGUGUUGACUAGCACACUAAAAACGUUCUUCCGUGAACUACCCGAACCACUGCUGACAUUUGACCUUUAUGAUGAGUUUAUACAGGCUUCUGAAAUAAAGGAUGAGCGUGAGGCCAUUCAGGUGUUGUUCACGCUGACCCAGAAGUUGCCCAAGGUCAACCAUGAUGUACUUGAGCGCCUCAUAUUCCACCUUGCCCGUGUCAUUCAACAUGAGCCCAGCAACAAGAUGUCUGCCAAUGGGAUUGCAAUCAUAUUCGCUCCAUGUCUGCUGCGCACUAACAAGGCAGUGCAGGCACAAGAGCUGCUGAAACAAAUCAAUAAACAACAGCUGUGCAUCGAGAAAAUCUUGAACGAACAAGUAAGGAAGUAUAGGGAAACCCUACAGGAUAUUAAAAUAAUCGACCAAGCCAAGACUACUGCUGAAGAGAGAUUGACCAAAGUUCGGCAGAGUAUUAGGGCAACUCAGUCUAAGACAAAUUCAAAGUCAAAGAAGGACGUGGAGUCUCAGCCAUUGGAAGAGGACCCAGAGAGCCUGGAGGAACAAGAGAGAGUGAUCAACUCUCACAUCAAGUCUCUCAGAAAAGAAAAGGAGGAGCUCACGUCUGGAUUGCCCAUGUUUGAGUAUCGACACAGCUCCGAUGAUGAUAUCGAUGACAUAGACUCCACAGAAGACGCAGACCUUCAGUCGAAUGAUUCGCCAUUUGACGGCCCAGCCAAAGCUCCUGCUUCACUAAACAAAACUGUGGGUGAUAGGACACAGCUCUCUUCUGCAACACCAACUUCUCAGAUCACCAGUCAACGAAGAGUCAGUGAAGGAGAUGUUAUUGAACUAAGUGACCUCAGCAGUCUUGACCUCAAUCAAGGUCAAGUACAAUCUCCAGCCAGUGGCAUGUUGAUGAGCGCUCUGUCUGACAGAGAAUUGGCGCAAGCUAAAAAGUAUGUCUAUGUGGAGGAAGAACACUGUGACAGUGACACUGGGCAUAUGGAACAGCUGAAAGACAUGCCUGUGGCAUACACUGUUUCAGUGGAUGAACGACAGCUAGAUGCGCUUCUUGAUCCAGUGAUGAGUGAAAGCGCCCUGGCUAAUGUAAAAAACGGUAGUGAACAUUACAGAAAGCAUGCAAAAUCACUGGAUACCAGUGUGAUUGGGAAAAAACUUAUGGAAAAAAAGAAAAAGCCACCAACACCAAUGGCUUUCUCAGGAGAUCCAGAUUUGAAACCAAAAAGUGGUGAACCACCAGCACAGGUGCUAAUGAGACUUACCAAGCCUGCUCAACUUUCUAAGGACACUAAAUAUUCUAGGCUGAGCCUUGACAUUGAUCAUAAAACAUGGAACUGGCGUAAAGAACUUGCUGAAAGGCAUGCUGAGCCAGACAGUGCAAUAUUUGGAUCCCCUCCGUCUGAACUAACAACGAUACCAUCUCCUUCAAAGUCACAGCGCACUGUCAAGUCCAGUAGAAAAAGAAGCCUGGAUUGUGCUCACUUAAAUAAAAGUAACAGCAGCCUGAGCUUGAUGGACACGAGCGACUCAGAUGACGGUGAAAUUAUGGUCUGAAUUAUUACUUUUGCAUCUUUUGCUUGAAUGUACUGAAGUGCACUUACAGGUCAACUUCUCCAUAGUGUAAUAUAUAAAAUAUUUAAAGUGUAUAUGGACUGCUUUUUUGUCUGUACUAAAUAUAUAUGUAUAAUGUUUUUGUGCAUUUGUACAUUUGUAUUUAAUCUUAUACAUUUUAACUUAUCUAUGUUUUAAAUAUUACAAUUCAGUUCUAUGCUUAUAGUUAUAUGCUUAUAAAUUGUCUGUGAUCAUUCAUAAAAUUGUUCCAAGCAAAACCAGCUUUAUAAAUGAAGAGAAACUGUAUCGCCAAUUUAAGAUCUAGUCCAUGAGGCAAGAAUCCAAUCUUGUACUAUAAGCUGCAUCAUGCAUGGUUUUGUGGUCUCGUAAGCGGAAAGGCUAGCUACUGACUAUUAGUGCUAUUAGCAGAUGCCAGGGCUGGUUUGGAGCUUAGCUGGUCUCAUUAAGUGUAAGACCCACUUAUAUGAUGCUGCUCAUUUGUAGUGCAUACUACAGAUUAUUGAUGUUCUGUUAGUAUAUUGUACUCAAUGAAUGAAAGGCUUGUUGCCAUUAUCCAUCGGGUCUAUGUAUCCAGUUUAUUCACUCAGUAGUGCUAUAGAUGAGGCUCGCAGGCUUGUUGCCAUUAUCCAAUGGGUCUGUGUAUCCAGAUUAUUCACUCAGUAGUGCUAUAGAUGAGGCUCCCUCUGGGAAAACCAGGCUUAAUGCAUGUGCAUAAAGUGUCUUCCUAGAUUAGCCUGUGAAGUCUGUCAACCAAUUUUGUAUUUUCAUUUAUUUAAAAUCAGCAAUUAAUACAGAAAGUGAAGCUGAUUGUAAAAUAUUUUGUUGUUAAUUUCUCUCACAAAUAUCCAUAUAUGCUUGUUGAUGAAGUUGUUUAGUGCUUUUAGCAGUACUGGUAACUUUUACUUUGUUGGUACACGUAUUGUUGUUUACACUGCAUGCUUGAUAGAGCACGCUAUUUAACUUAGUUGGGCAAUGCCUGACAGUAAUAUGGUAAAAAGAAAUGCAAUAAGGUUGCUGCUUGAACAUUAUAUUUCAGCAAUAAAACUAGCAUUAUUUAUAUAUGUUUUGCAAUAGUAUAAAUGUUAGUCAGGCUUUCAACAGUUUGUUUUAAAUAACUAAUAAAUCUCUAUAAAUUCAUAGCAUAUAUUUCAUGUAAAUGUUCAAGAAUAACAAAGUUGAUUUUUUAUGCUCCCCCAAACAUUUUUUGGGGGGAGCAUAUAGUCGCCGCUUCGUCCGUGCGUGUGUGUGUCAGUCCAUCCGUGCACAAUUUUUGUCCGGUCUAUUUCUCAGCAAUUAAUGACCGGAAUUCAAUUAAACUUUAUGGGAAGCUUCACUACCAAGAGGAGAUAUGCAUAUUAUCAGCCGGUUCUGGUCGGAUGAUUUUUCAAAGAGUUAUGGCCCUUUGAAAUUUUCCAUUAACUGUACAUAUAGUGCAAUUCUUGUCCCCCCAACUACUGACUGGAAUUCAAUGAAGCUUUAUGGGAAGCUUAACUACCUUGAGAAGAUUCGCAUGUUAUUUGUGGGUUCUGGUUAGAUGAUUUAUUUAGAGAGUGAAAGCCCUUUGAAAUUUUUAAGUUGCUAAACCAUCCAUCGUAUUAUUUUGUCCAAAGUUAUGCCCCUCAAGACGUUUCCUUUUAUCUGAAUAUAUAGUGCAAUAUUGUGACAAAAAAAAACUUUGGGGAGCAUUACCCGUCUCCGACGGUUUCUUGUUUACUAAUUUCUGCUGUUUUUUGUAUGUUUAAGAAAGUUUGUUGACCUUAUUCUUUCUAAUUAUUACAUGCUGUAAGCCAUGGCGUCAUGAUACAGAGAGCGAGAGUUUGAACCAUAAAAACUUGUGGUCAAAGAUUCUGUAGCCACGAAAAGGAUAAAGAUAUGAAUAUGAAAACAAUGGAAUCUUUAUGAUUUGAACAUUGUUUCAUGUAACACUAUUGGGUUGGCAUUAGCUUGCCAAGUAAAUGGCCCAUGCUUUGUGAAAUGGGGGUUUAAUGCAUGUGCGCAGUGUCGUUCUAGAUAAGCCUGUGCAGUUUGCACAGGCUAAUCAGGGACGACUCCGCUUUUAUGAUAUUUUUGGUUUAAAGAAAGUCUCUUCUUAGCAAAAAUCCAGAAUAGGCAGAAAUUGUCCCUGAUUAGCCUGUGCGUUAAAACUCCUCUUCACAGAGCGAGGCUGAGAUAUUUGUUUCUAAACCACAGUGUAAAGUAUGAUCUUGAUUCUUGCAUAGAUCAGGAGCCCUAGUUAGUGUAUAGCAUUUCCUAUAAAAUAUAAAAUAUGCUUCAAUCAAUGUGCCAGUCUUUCCUCAUAAAAUUCACCUUAUAGUCUUCAUGCAUGAAUAGACUGUUAUUUUGUUGUUCAAAUGUAAAUGUUGUCAAAGAAAAUUUCUUCAAUAGUUCACAGUUAAAAUGUGAUAAGAUGCAUUAAAUAAAUUGUGAUAACUAUUACUUGAUAUUUCUCUUGAAGCAUUGUGCUAUGUUUAGUUGAUAACUAGUUAAGUUUUUACAUUAUUUGUGUUCAGAUGUUGAAAUUAAUGUUCACAGUUUGCUUUCAAAUAAUUUCCAAUUUUGUGUGAUGUGAUUAUUGUAUGAGAGUAGGUUCAAUGAAACACCUUUAUUUUGAGCUCACCUGAGCACAUUGUGCUCAUGGUGAGCUUUUGUGAUCGCCGUCAUGUGUUGUCUGGCAGUUUCAAAGACGUUUGCCUUGUUAACACUCUAGAGGCCACAUUUAAUGUCCGAUCUUCAUGAAUUUUGGUUAGAAGAUUUUUGUCCAUGAUAUCUUGUACAAGUUUGAAAAUGGUUCUGGUUGAUUGAAAAACAAGGCCGCCCGUGGGCGGGGCAUUUUUCCUUAUAUGGCUAUAUAUGACUUAAGUAAAACCUUAAUUUUUGUUAUUAACAGUUUUGAGGCAACAUUUAUUGUCCAAUCUUCAUGAAACUUGGUCAGCAGAUUUGUUUUAAUGAUAUCUUAAAUGAGUUCCAAAAUGCCUCUGGUCUGUUGAAAAACAUGGCCGCCAGGAGGCGGGGCAUUUUUCCUUAUAUGGCUUUUCUAAAACUUGUUGUGCGGCGGUUCCAAUGACAUUUGCCUUGUUAACACGCUAGAGGCCACAUGAUUAAUUGUCUGAAUUGUCUCAUCAUCAUGAAACUUAGAAGAUUUGAGCCAAUGAUAUCUUGAACGAGUUCAAAAAUGGUUCCAGUUGCUUCAAAAACAUGGCCACCAGGGGGCGGGACAUGUUCCUUAUUUAGCUAGAAUUAAAACAUAUUAACACUCUAAAAGUCACAUUUUUUGCCCAAUCUUCAUAAACGUUGGUUAGAACAUUUGUUUUUAUGAUACCUUGGAUGAGUUCCAUAAUGGUUCUGGUCUGUUACAUUUAUAGUUCAAUCUUCAUGAAACUUAGAACAUUUGUUCUUCUGAUUUCUUGGGCUGCACAGAACAGGUUAGUUUCUUUGUAUCUCAGGUGAGCGCCUUUGGACCUUUCAGACUACCUUGUUUUAUAGCUAACACUAUUUAUACCGGUUUUGGGGAUUUACAGUUCAAAAAUAUUGGAAAAAAAUAGUUUUAAUGAUUGAAAGAAAAGAUUAUUGUAAAGUCGCGUACAAAACUCACUUGAAAAUUCUGUUAUAGGUUCACAUAUACGUGCAUUAGAUUUAGACGUGAUUAUUAGACAUAUUUUCAUCAUUUUUCCAUUUAAAUUGGCUUCCACUCAAUUUCAGCACGUUAUGGUGCCCGUUUUCCCGUUAUGCGGUUUCUUUUCAUGCAUCUGGGAUCUGAAUGUGAUAAGCUUAAUCCUGCAAACAAAUACAUAAUCAUGUUCUAAUUUCAUUGUUUUCUUUUAAAUGAGUGAGAAUGUACCAACUAAACUUCAUAUUGUCAGUUUUGUUCUCAAAUUGAGGAUUACAUAAAUAUAUUUUUCAUAUAGCAAUGUAAAUUGUUAUUGAUGUCAUUUGUUAUAUAUAUAUAUUAAAUAACUUUCAAAAAUGUUUGUUACAUAAAACAUUUAAAUAUA